AUGAAUGUAUCAAGCGGUCUUCCUUUGGGUCAAUUUACAACAUUCAACUUUAUAUCAUCAUCAGCAUCUUCAGCACAUAGUAAACAUCAACCAAAGUAUCAAAUAAGUCCGGAAUUUCAAGAAAAAUUGAAAAAUUUAGCAUCAUUUGAUAAAGUAAUGUCAUUCCCUUUAUCAACCCAAUCCAUGGAUGGUGAAUAUACACCAGUUAGUCUCAAAACUUAUACUGAUCCAUUUUCAUACAUAAAUGAUAAACCAAGCGAUUAUGAAUUUAAUGAAAAUGAUAUGUGUAGAAAUAUCAAGUUUGAAGAACGAUUUGAAGUCUCAAAACAACUUUAUUUAGAUGCAUCUCAUGAAUCAUUUUUAAUCGAAUUAAAUAAGCAUAAAGAAUUUGCCGACUUAAUCGAGACUGCUAGAAGGAAGUUUAAACCUACCAUUCCAGAGGAUAAACAAUGGUUCAGAUUUGGGGGAUCUUCUGUAUGGUUACCACAAUAUAAUUGUCAUUAUAUGGUUAGUAGAGUCUUGUAUACCCCUUCUGGUAUUGCCAACAAGGCAUUUGCAAGUUUCCUUUAUAUUCAAUUAUUUGAUCAAGAUUGGCGUGAAUUACCUCCAAAGACUUUAGAUAUUCCAUAUGAAGAAAAUGUCGUUAAAAAGGUUUUAAAUUCUGACGGAACCUUUGAUGAAAUUGUCAUGGAUAAGAUCUUGAAGUUUAGACAACAAACAUUCCCACAAGUUCUUCCUAUUCAAUUUGAUUAUAUGAUGCAUGUGGCUAACGACAAAUAUUAUUAUGGACCAGAAGAUCCUCGUAUCAUGUUACGUAGAAAUCCUUUAGGUUUCGAUGAACCUUUAAUUGUGUUUAAUAUGAAAGAUUUACAAAUUGUUAAAAGAGUUAUGCAUUUAUAUUUACCAUUUUCCCAUAAUUUAAAGAUUUUACGUAAGAGAUCAGAAAAGUUUGCUAAUAUAGAAAAAAAUUGGACUCCAUUUAUAAGUAAAGCAAAACCAAUAAAUCAAAUUGAUUCAAAAGGGGAUGUGAACAUAAAUUUCAUUUAUUCAAUACUUCCUCUUGAAGUUUUAGUUUGUGAUAUUGAUACUGCCGUUUGUGACUUCUUGCAACGUCCAAUAAAAGAAGAUUAUGAUUAUAUUGGACCGUUAAGAGGUGGAUCUCAAUUAAUUCCACUUCCAAUAAGUGAUAUAAUACCAGAUACAAUAAAAGAAAAAUUCACCCUUCCACCAAAUCGUCAAAUCUAUAUAGGUUGGGCAAGAGCACAUCUUAAUGAUUGUGGAUGUGGUGAAUCUAUGUAUAGACCAAACUUGAUUAUUCUUGUCGAAGAUUAUGAUCCUACCAAUGAUAAAUUCUACUAUAAAUUAGGAGAUGUUUCCGAAUACUUUGAUUUUAGAGCUACUGUUCCACCUUGGAUUAUUCCUAAAUUAGAUGAGAAAGGUACUCUUAUUGAAGAGGCUAAACCAAAACAAUGUGAAGGUAGAAAUGUCCUCAUUCCAAAUUCUAUUGCUUAUUGGGACAUUGGAUCUAUUAUUAAAGAUGGUACAUUAUAUUAUAGACAAUAUUUCCCAAAUAUUCCAACAGAUGAAGAAAUUGCUGAUAAGAAGGCAGCCAAAGUUAUCAAACAAAAAGCUGGUGGUAUUUUCAAAAAACGUGAAACCUCCAAACGAUCCAAUAUUUUCGGAGAAGUUAUUUUUAAUGAUUAUAUGGGUGUUACCCUUUCAGCUGCCGAUAAAGAUGUUAGUAUUGUUCAUGUUAAAGGGUUAUUGAACUAUAUCUUACAAUUACCUGCCUUAUUUGAAGAUAGUUCAGUUAUUGAUAACCCUUCACUCUUCCAACAACGUGGUUUUGAUUUUAACAAUAAAUGUGCUAUGAUUGCCAGUUAUGGAUAUUGUCAGGAUUAUGGUAGGCAACACGGUGCCGCGUAA